AUGUAUCUUGCUUGUGAGAGGAGUGGCCAAUAUAGAGCAACAAAGAAGUUAAAACAUGAUGGCAACAAUACAUCAAGAAUAACCGGUACGAAGAAGUGUGGUUGUCCUUUUGAUAUGAGGGCUCACAGGUUUACCACAUAUGAUGAAUGGACAUUGAUUGUAGUAUGCGGAUUGCAUAAUCAUCCACCUGCGGAGCACCUCGAGGGACAUUCAUAUGCGGGAAGGCUAUCAAAGGAUGAUAAAGCAUUGUUAAUGGAUAUGUCAACGAGCAUGGUUCGGCCAAAAGAAAUCCUAGUAACCUUGAAACAGCGAGAUGCCCUCAAUGUAAGCACACUUAAAACCAUUUACAAUGUACGUCAUCGAAACAGGGUGGUGCAGAGAGCUGAAAGAUCACAGAUGCAACACUUAUUGGAUGAAUUGGCCAAGUAUAAUUACAUUGAGCGCCAUCGGUCUGAAGAGUCCACGAUGACUUAUGAGAGGGUCGAUAACUAUGCGUGGGUGUUAGCCACAUUACGUGAUGUCAUGGAUGGGUUUGUUGUGCCAACAGUUAUUGUUACUGACAGAGAGCUAGCCUUGAUGAAUGCCAUACAGAAGAUAUUCCCGAGUGCCAGACAUUUAUUAUGUCGUUGUCAUAUUAGUAAGAAUGUGUUGACCAAAUGCAAGAAAAUGUUUGAGACACAGCAAAAAUGGGAGAAGUUCAACCAUGAGUGGAACUCUGUAGUGUAUUCAUCUUCUGAAAUUCAAUACGAGGAGUGUCUUAAAUCAUUACUUAAGGAAUUCAGUAGUUAUCCUGAUGCAGUCAAAUAUGUCAUGGAUACUUGGUUGGUUCCUUACAAGGACAAAUUUGUGGCGGCAUGGACAGACACGUGUAUGCAUUGUGGCAAUGUUACAAAGAACCGGGCUGAGAGUGCACAUGCAAAACUUAAAAGACAAUUGGGUUCAUGUCAAGUCUCAUUUCAGGCAUCAUUUGAGAAAAUACACAGUCUGCUUGAGUUGCAACACACUGAUAUCAAGGCUUCAUUUGAGAAAAGUCUAACUGUUGUGCAACAUCAAUUUAAACCUUCUCAAUUCAGGGAGCUACGGGGGAAUGUGUCUAUCUCUGCAUUGGAGUAUUUGCUUGUCGAGAGUAAGAGAGCCAAUUCCAUUGGUAUUGAUGUUGAAGCUUGUGGAUGCGUCCUUCGCCACACUCAUGGUUUACCUUGCACCCAUGAGAUUGCUGACUACAUCAGACAAGAUCGUCCUAUACCACUUGCUACCAUACACUCACAGUGGAGGCAACUUCAUAUCUCCAUAUGCAAGAAAGAAGAGGAAACAGAGGUGACUUGUCAUGCAAAAGUAGAGUUGUUUGUCAACAAGUUUAAUGAAAGUGAUAGAACCAUGCGAUUGGAGCUUUUGAAGAAGUUGAAAGAGAUUGUAUAUCCGGAAAGCACUUUUCUUGUUGAGUCGGAGGUGAAGCCCAAAACACGUCCUCGGGAUCAUAAGAAGAUCAAUGUUUCUACUCGUCGUGACCCGUGUGCAUUUGAGUUAGUGCAAUCUGGACAUGAUUCCUUCUCACCUAGGGACACUCAAAUCACUACAUUAGCUUCUACUCUGCAAACCAAGAAGAAGCGACCUAUUAAGGAAAAGGAGAAGGUGAAUGUGAAGGGGAAGGUGUACAUUACUAGAACAGUGAUACCUGGUGCAUAUGUUGAUGCUUUCCCUUCUGGGUUGAAACCAUUUCGCAAACACUCAAGCCUGACUAAAUUCCCACCAGUAGUAGAAACCUCGUCAUGUGCUGCACGUUCAGUAAUUCCCAAGCCAGAAACCAAUAGUGUAGCUCCAUGA